AUGGAGUGGUGGAAGAAGAAGAAGGCCCGAGCCUAUGAGAAAAAAGUGAGAUUGAUAGGGGCGAAGUUGUUAGAAGAAGUCAUCGAAUGUUGCGAUGGCAAAUCGAAUCCCAUCAAAUUCUUCUCUCCAGACCAGAUCCUCGAAGCCACCGACUAUUUCAGCAACUCUUUGCCUGAAUUAGAUUACUACGAAUGGUAUUCUGGUAAAAACGAGAAGCAUCCCAUGCUACUCAUCAAGAGAUGUAGCAGAGAAUAUACCUAUCGAGAAGAGGAACUCUUGUGCCGCGACAUAGCAAUAUCAUCAAUGGUGAGUGGUCAAAAAAACUUCUUGAAAUUGGUGGGAUGUUGUCUUGAUUCUCAAGAUCCAGUCAUGGUUUAUCAUGGUGUAAAGAAACAUUAUAAACUAGAUCUAAGGGGACAGCCAUGGAUUAGGAGGAUAAAGAUAGCAGAGGAUAUCGCCACUGCGUUAGCUUACCUUCACACUGCCUUCCCAAGGCCCUUUGUAUAUAGGACUCUCGAUCUUCAAGAUUUCUUAUUGGAUGAAGAUGGUGUCGCCAAGCUGUGGGAUUUCUCGUGCUGUGUAUCAAUUCCAGAAGGAGAAACAUUUGUCGAGGUUGAUGAUUUAGCCGGAACAUGUGAUUACCUCGACCAUAAUUAUAUCCUGGAUGGCAUAGUCUCGGAGAAAACAGAUGUCUUCGCCUUUGGAAUUGUCAUGCUAAAGUUUAUAAUCGGAGACCGACGAUUUCAUAAGCUUUUAAAAGAAGAAGAAGAAGAAGAAGAAGACCUUCUAACUUGGGUGUCCAAAUUAGUUGACGAGCCAAGAAUGGAUGUGAUCGCAGAUUCAAUGAUGCUACAAGAGAUGGGUGGGAUUCCAAAACAAGAGAUUUGUCGAAUGGAAGCUUUCUUAAUGCUCUCUAAGAGAUGCAUCGGUCUUCGCGGAGAAGUUCCAACGAUGACGGAGGUAGCCAAAGAACUAAGGAUGAUCCAAAGAUCGAUUGCAUCUUCUUCUUCUCCUUCAGGUGAAACUCAACUCGACUCUGCUCAGGACAUUUCUUUCUCCAGUUGCUAA